AUGUCGCUGGUGAAAGGGGACGACCCCCUGUGGGAGUCGCUGAGGAAGGGAGCCCAGGAGUUAGUCGAGAAAGAGCCGCUUCUGGGAGGUUUCGUGUACUCGAUUAUCCUCAACCAGCCGACGUUCGAGCGCUCGCUCGCGUUUCUUCUCGCGUCGAAGCUCGCGACGUCGACGAUCCUAGCGUCGCAAUGGAAUGACCUUAUCAUCGACGGGAUGGCCGGGUCGAUCGCGAGUGCGGCGAGGGCGGACUUGGAAGCCGCCAUGAUACGAGACCCGGCGUGCCCGAGUUAUACGCACGCGUUUCUCUUCUUCAAAGGAUUUCAAGGUCUGCAAGCGCAGCGGGUAUCACAUUGGCUGUGGCUGAGAGGAAGGUCCGUCCUCGCGUCGACGGUUCAGUCGCACAUAUCGGAGGUGUUCGGCAUGGACCUUCACCCGGGCGCGAAAUUCGGGCGAGGAGUGCUGAUCGACCACGCGACCGGGAUCGUCGUCGGGGAGACCUCCGUCGUCGAGGACGACUGCUCGCUUUUCCACGGCGUGACGUUAGGAGGGACGGGUAAAACCGGAGGGAACAGGCAUCCAAAGCUGCAAAAGCGAGUGGUCGUAGGCGCGCACGCAUCGGUCAUCGGCAACAUAACGAUCGGGCACGACUGUAAAAUCGGCGCAAGCUCGACGAUUUUACACGACUUGCCGCCGCACAGCGUCGUCGUCGGGCACAAGGGACGGGUGAUCUUGGACAAGAGCAAGGUGAAAUCGGACCGGGCGAGUCUUCUCUCCAAGCUCUAG